UAAAUGCGCCACAGCAAGUUGUGAAAAGACACAGUCGGAAGAGGUCGUCGGCUUGAUUGAGCCGUGUCUUAAUUUCUAAAAAAACAAAAAAAUAGCAAUAUCAAAACAAAGUCUAUAUCAUCAGAAUGGUUAAACUUGCUUUUACCUCCGGUAUUGGGCAGAAAGAUUUGAAAAAGGAGGAGAAAGGAGAGGCUUUGAUCCCUCAGGAUGUGGAUGUAGAAGACGGCCCGCAUAUCAGGCACCAGUCCAGAGCCUGGUGCUGGUGCAUGUGUUUGGGCCUGGCCCUUAUCCUGUCCGGUGUGGUGGUGGGCGGUGCUUACCUGUACAGGUAUUACUUUGUAGAGGAGACCGUCUACUUCUGUGGGGUGGACUACCUAGAGGAAAAUUACAAGGUACAGGACAGCCAAGAGGAGCUAGAGAUGGAUUCGCCAGCCGCGUUAAAGAGGGUUGAGGAGAGAGUGACGGUCAUGGAGGACGAGGGCAUCGCCCUGAUUAACAUCCCGGUGCCCAGAUUCAGUGACAGUGACCCUGCUGACAUCGUUCAUGAUUUUAACAGGAGGAUGACGGCCUAUCUGGAUCUGCGCCUGAACAAAUGCUACAUCAUUCCUCUUAACACUUCUGUUGUGAUGCCACCCAAAGACCUUCUGGAGCUGCUGGUGAACAUCAAGGCUGGGACGUACCUGCCGCAGUCCUACCUGGUCCAUGAACACAUGAUGGUGACCGAGAAGGUGGAAAAUCUGGAACAGCUGGGUUACUUUAUCAACGGCCUCUGCAGAGGCAGAGACGCCUAUAAACUGGAGCGCAGAGAGACUGUUUUUGGUAUCCAGAAACGGGAGGCACUUAACUGCCACAAGAUCCUGCACUUUGAGAACAAGUUUGUGGUGGAGACACUGAUCUGUGAGCCGUAGUAGGGAAGACGACGGCCGGGUAGCAAGCGAAACCACUUUUAAAAAAAUUCCACUUUCUCUCCUUCCAUUAAACCCUUUUCCUGUUUUCCCUGCGUGCGUGUGCAUGUAUGUAUGCAGCGUGCGUGGAUGACUCUCUCAAGAUUUCUUUCUCUGUACAGCAGCAAUCAACAUUACAGAGGGCGUGAGCAACAUUAUGCGUAGACUAUAUGUGUAGGUAAACGUUUUGACCCGUUUCUCUCUUAGAAAUGCAUUUUUCCACAUUUUGGGUUUUUGUUAUGCAGGGAGUCUUCAACAGGGUGCGUGGGAUACGUAUGAUAUAUUCUAGAUGAUAGCUACUGCCGAGUUGAACGUGACAGGAAAGGACUCGUAGAGGAUAAAUGUAAGACUAUAAUUUAUCAAAAUUGCACUAAAUGUGUAUCGUGUGCAUUAAAAACUGUGAACGUCUGUCACAGAAAUCAGAUUACUAUUAUUAUAUAUUGGAAUAUACAUUUGACUAGAAAACUGUGUGUUUUAUGGCCAAUGUAGGAAUACGCAUAGAUUUGAUUGUUGUACUAGUUACCAAAUUAUUUUGAUAAAUUUUGCGCUCUACUGCAAGUUAAUACACUGCUCCAAUAUGUCAUAUAUUAAAGAAGUUUAGGAACAAAUAGAUUAUGUAAUGUAAAAUGUCAGGUUUUGGUUACCGUAGAUUAUAUGAAAUAUCACAUUUACAAGAUCAAAUUAAAUGCAGACUAAUAAUGUAUGUAGCUUAAAGUCAUUAAAGGGAUCGUUCACCCAAAAUUAAAAAUUCUGUCAUCAUUUACUCACCCUCAUGUUGUUACAAACCUGUAUAAUUUACUUUGUUCUGAUGAACACAAAGGUUUAUAUUUUGAGAAAUGUAACCAAACCAUUCCUGGACCCCAUUCACUUCCAUAGUAGGAAAAAUGGUGUCCACGAAUGGUUUGGUUACAAACAUUUCUCAAAAUAUCUUCCUUUGUGUUUAUAAGAACAAUGAAAUUGAUACAGGUUUGCAACAACAUGAGGGUGAGUAAAUGAUGGCAAAUUUUCAAUUUUGGGUGAACUAUCCCUUUAAGCGAUAGCGGGUGUAAAAAGAGGGAUAGAUUUCUGAUUGUAAAGAUUGCCUAAAUCUACUCAAAUGUCUGAGUCCGUUGAAAUGAAAUUUAUACUUUGUACAUAACCCAAAAAGGUUUUAUUGUUAAACUGACAUAUUAACACAAUAAAAAUUGACCACCUA